CUCCCUCCCUUCACUCAUCUCCUCUCCUGAACCAUCCUUCUGCAUUAAACCAGCGUGAGACUCAUCUUCUACACACACACUGCUCAGCUGCUCAGGACUCUGGUGUGGUCAAGCUGUGGACAGGGAACCAUAACCAGCUUAGAUGUGGUGUUCAGACACCUUGCAGCAGCAGGUUUGGGUUAAUAAAUUUUUUAUUUACCUGGAGAACGUAGAAUUUGUCGGCGAGAAGAACACGUGUGCUGCCAUCAGAUAUUCCUUCAUUUUAGUGAAUCACUGCAAAGGAAUUUUUGCAGAAUAAACAACGUUCCCAAGGCAUUUUAUCUUCCAGCAUUGUGUUUCACAAGAAGCCUGGUGAGAAACCUGAAACUGCCUGCAGAACUUUAAAAACUUCAUCACUGUUUCAUCAAAAUUCUGUAUUAUUAUUAUUAUUAUUAUUAUUAUUAUUAUUAUUAUUAUCAUUUAUAUAACACGUGCUCUUCAUCAUCACAUGAACCUUCUAAAAUGGACAGAUGAUUUAUAUUUCUGACUCUAAAAGCUGAAUGUGUAACAAGACUCUGACAUGAAGAUGUGGAUUUGGGGAUGUUUUCUUCACAUCCUGAACUCCUGGAGGUCCAAUGAUCCUUUGAAACUGAUAGAAAGCUGCACUUUGGGGAGGUAAUGCUCUAGACUCCUGGAUAAAACCUGUCCGAUAAACACGGGAUGAAAUAACGUCACUGUCCUUCACCACUUAAGCUGAAGAGCUAGAAUACUGAUUAAUGCCAUUUUUACCCAGAGGUCAACUGAAAGCACGUACUCUGUCAGGUCUGGAUAAACCGGGCAAAAGCGUGCCAAUGCUCUUAAUUAUUUUACGAUGAAGUUAUGGAAGUGUGUCUCUAUCAUCUUGAUGCUCUGUGGUGCUGCACUCUCAAUCUUCCUCUCUAGAAUCCUGCUUUCCUCCAAACUACAUGUUCUUCCUCCCUCCGAACAUUCCUCUUCCUCAUUGGCAUCAUCAUCAUCAUCACCAAUGUCUUCAAACCGCUCCUCAUCAGAGACUCGAGGGACGUUUCGCAGAGCCAGGUCAGCAGAUGAGGACAACUCUGUCAUCUCUGAUUUCAUGCACAUAUUCCAGAGUUUCACAGAGAGCGAGUUGAAGCAGAUCCUCCACACACUGGGGCAGAGGAAAGCUGGAAGGGAUGCAAAAGUGGGCAAAAGAACUAAGAGGGCCAGGAAAGGUACCAAACCCUGUUCACUGACUGAUAAGGAGGUGACGGUGAGCCAGCUGGGUUUGGGUUACGUCAGUGAUGAAGUCAUCCUUUUCCGUUACUGCAGUGGUAAAUGUGUAGCAACUCGUCGCAACUACGACCUGGCGCUGGCGAGGAUGAAAGGUCAGCGUGUGUUGAGUCGAGAGAACGUGGACAGAGCUCGACAUUCGCCAUGCUGCCGACCCACGGCCUACGAAGGGAUCACCUUUCUGGACAACCACAGCCGCUAUCAUACCAUCUAUGAGGUUUCUGCACUGAAGUGUGCUUGUGUAUGACAUCCAUUACUGACACUAUCCCUAAAUAUGGAUCGUUCUUUUUCAGGUAAACACAUAAUGAGGUCAUAAGAAAUGCAAAAACAAACGUAAUUGAACAUGGGGACUCUAAAGAGCUCUAAAGGGAAAGGAAAUGAAUAAUGGUAUGAAUAAGACGCUGCAGCUGACAUGCAGAGUACAGCUUUGCUUUUCUGGUCUUAAAAACAAACAGCUGUGUGAUGAUGAUGUUUAUUUGUCUUUCUGGGACAGGAAUUCAAUAUAGCACAUAACAGAGUGAUAUUAAAUUAAAUCAGGAUGUAAAAUAAUCACUUUCAUUUCUACAGACGUUCUAUAAUACACACACACACACACACACACACACACACACACACAAAACAUGACUAUAAGAACAAGAACAGCAAAAAUGAUGAAAAGUUGAGGUGAGCAAUGAUUCUGUAAACACUGGUAAUGAAAGUAAAGUAGAAAUAUAAACUGUAAAAGAGUCACUUCUCCAUUAACAAACUAUACAUAACAUUUUAUCUGUAAAAGACACAGCAUUAAUAUCGACUGUUAGGGUUUUGCUCAGAGAAAACUAAAAGGUCUGACAUGCAGAAAGUAAACAUACAGUUUCUCUGCAUGAUCUUAUUUCUGUCUGUGAGACAUUGAUGAACGUUCUGAAAUCUAGGAUUUAUAUCGUGUAUAUUUAUAUGAAUAUACACUUUAUAUUUAUAAAGUGUAGAUAAAGUUUACCAAGAUUUCAUCUAUUCCUUGAAAAGAGUUUGUGUUUUUUCUAUUCUUCCAUCUUAGUGCAUGAAUAGAAAAAACUCUUUUCAAUGAAUAGAUGAAAUCUUGGUGAACUUUAUCUACACUUUUAUGGAAAGCAUCAAGAUGAAAUGUGUGUAGAAUCAGAUGCGAGAGUUGUAUAAGAGUUGGUGAGAAGCAGGUGUCCUGCUAAGACUGGGGCAGGAGGAUUGUGUCUGAGAGCCUCAACAAAUCCAUUCCGUUUUUGUAAAUCCUAUAACAGACUACUCUAAUCCACUUAGUGCCUUCUGAACAGAAUCACACAAACACUGAGUGCAGAAAUGAACAGAACAGCAGGUCACUUCAUUAUAAAAGAAAUAUUCUACCUGUUUGAUUGACAUUUCAGAUUCAUGUGAUUUAAACUUUCUAUAGAAACUCUGUGAAGUUCCUUCAAUGACCUGAACGGUUGGAAACAAAAGAUCAUUUAUGUAGAGAAGGUCACCACCUCACUGCAGAUUAAUGAGACUCUCUGUGGAGCUCUGAAGAUGUGAGUCUGUACGAAUUCUUCACACGUCUGCUGUUGGUAAUAUUUUACAUCAUCCCACAGAAAAAGUUGCUAAUGAACAUGUUACGAAUUCAGCAACCUGAAAUAAACAUCUUAAGUCCAACUGUUUAACUAGACUGUAAGCAGGGAAAAGCACUGGGAUAAAAACCUUCAUGAUAUUUAUAGAUUAUUAUGAAACUUAAUGAUGACUUCAGGAUGCAGGUGGAGUUUGUGCAUGUAGUCGAGCUUCAUUACAGCAUGAACCAAUCGAAAUGAGGCACAGCUUAUAUUAUAUUCUUAUUUUGUUAUUUAAGUUCACUGGAUGUACUGAUUGGAACUCAUUCUACAGACGUUAUGUUUUAUUUUAUUUAAACUGAACUCUAUAAAGUUAUAAAAGAGCAAGAAAACCACAACCAUUAGCUCAGAUAUGACCUCUGACCCCUGGGCUGUGUUGGAUUCUGUCGACCAACUACACUAAACAUUGAUGCAAUGCAUCUGUAUAAAGGUUUAUCUAUAUUUAUUACAGAGUAAAUUAUGGUUUAUUUAUUUACAGCAUCACAGAAUAAACAGCAGCAUUUUAUUUAUUGAAUGUAUUUGGUGCCAAAGUUUCAUGUAUUAUGUUCAUAUCACAGUUUAAUAAACUGUACA